CUGUUUACACUUAGAGGAAGUGACGUAUUCGACGUUUUGAAUCGUGCGGGCUAACGAGAUAUAUCGAGCCUGCAUAACCUCUGCACUGUCCAUCUUCCCCUUUAACAAAUCUGGGGGAAACUGCAAACUUCAUGUAUCCAUAAUCUCUGACACACACGGGAGAACAGCAUGGACCUCCACAAAAUCAUCCACAGUGCCCUGCACGAAUUUAUCCAGACGUACAUUCCUGAUGCAGAUCUCAGCACACUGGAUGACGUUCUUCUUUCGUACAUCACUGGGGUCCUGGAGGACCUGGGGUCCCAGCAGAGCGUCGAGGAGAAUUUUGAUGUGGAGGUCUUUGGAGAAAUGCUGGAAGCCUACAUACCCGGGUUUGCCGAAAUAGACAGUGUCAAAGUCUGUGAAAUGAUGUUCAGUCUGGCUUCAAAACUGGCAACUGCUCGGACGUCGGAAAACAGUGUGCCUAAGACAGGGACAGAAGAGGUUUCUUUGAAACUCAAUACCCUGACCAGUCAGCCAGAACCAGGACAAGAACCUCUGUGCCUUAAGCCACAGACAGAGGGCGCUACAGCCAAGCUGUCAGCGUCUGAGUGGGAGUCCCAAGAGCAGCACCUGCUGGAGAUGUUCCCAAAGUGCAGUUUGUCCGAAGCUCGCAGCGCUCUUUCCAUCGCCAAAGGAGACAUGGAGGAAGCAGUGCGCCUCAUCAUAGAGGGGGACGUCCAGCUCAGCCCCACUCCUAUUAAUGUAAACCAAGGGAAGAGCAUUUCCUCACUUGCAGACCAGAAACUUAAAGAGAGCAUCCUGGAGAAGUACAUGCUAGUGGACAGUGAGGAAGAUAACAAAACCCAUCGACCCGUUGCUCCCAAAGACGCUCCAAAGAAGCUUGUUCGCUACCACGGAAACCAGGUGGUCACAACAAAAGGAGAGAGAUAUCAACUUGUGAAGAAAAACGAGACAGACGACAUGAAGAAGACCUACGUCAACCUGAAACCGGCCCGGAAGUACAGGUUCCAUUGAUGACGAGCACAGCACUUGGGUCAGGAGGAGUGCUGGUACAUUUCGGGCCUUUACUGACCCUGGACAGGUCGUAAAUCCAUCGCAGGGGAACACCGAGUCAGACAGGACAAACAACCAUCCGCACACAAACACACCCAAGGAGAAUUUAGAGACCAAUUAACCUGGACUGUGGGAGGAAGCCAGAGUACCCGGAGAGAACCCACGCAUGCACAGGGAGAACAUGCAAACUCCAUGCAGAAAGAUCCUGGGCCAGGAGUUGAACCCAGGACUUUCUUGCUGCAAGAAGGUCCUGGUGGAAUUAUCACAUACUGAUAAUUCUGCAUGUGUUGCAUAAAGGAAAUUGCUAUGUAAAAGUGAUUCCUGUUUGUUUUGAGCAUUUUUUUAACUGCUGCUUUUAUUAUUCUUUACUUAGAAAUUGCAGCAAUGAAGGAGAAUUAUUUAUGCUUGUAGAUUUAAAUUAAAAUGUAAACUGUAUAUUCAAAAAUGAUGCACAUACAAAGAUGCUGCAAUGUUAAGACAUUUUAGGUAAUUCUAAAUUGACAGUGAAGGGUGUAAAACUAGAACAAUCUGCUCAAAACAGCCAAUUGUUGGCUUCUAAGCAGUUUUAUGUGAAACAGAUUGUAAACUUAAAACAGAUCUUCACAAUAGGGAUUCUACAGGGUUUGCAAAUCAUUACUUUAGUUCUCCAUCUUUGCAACUUUUUGGAAAUGGGAUUGCAUUGAUGAAGAUUUAAGGUUGUGUGCUUUCAGGUAAACAUAAUACUGCUGUGGUUCUCAUCUCAUUUGUGUUUGUGUGUGAAUUUUGCUUCACCUGAGACUGUUGUAAAAAUGAGUGAUCUCUUUUAUUCUUCUUAGUUGUACAUUUAGGACAAAUAAGCUGACCCGAUUUUCUUUUCCAGGAUUUAGUAUUUAUAUUCUGCUCCUGUUUGUUGUAAGUAAUAUGCAGCUAUUUGAAACCUGUGAUAUAUUGUUUCCCUGAAUGUAGUAUAACAGAACUGGGUGUUCAGAUGAUGUGAUGUUAUAUUUAUCAUGCAAUGGUGUUAUGUAGAGCAUGGAGCGGACUUAUCUGAAACUGUUAACUAAUUUUCUUUUCCUCCUUUUCUACCAUGGCUUGAAAAAACGUCUGGUAAUUUAUAGUAAAUGCAUUUUGUAGAGUACCAUAUGCUUCCUGUUUAGGUUCUCACAGAACUCAAUACAAGUUAUUUAGGUCAAUCAGAGCGGACCAUUUCAGUCUGCAUAUUGCCAUCUGUCAGGGUUCAUGCACAGUCUUGGAAAGUGUGGAUUUUUUUGCGUUUUCAUUUUCAAAACAAAAAUUGAGUUUGGAAAAAUUGUUUUCCAGAAUCAUUUUUUUCCUCCUCCCAUUUUCUAUAUGACAAAAACCUAUUAAUGCUUAAUAAAUGCAGUUUUGUAUUAAAGAAACAUGUUUCUAACAA